AUGUCUCGAUCACCAGGAAGGAAGCAAGAGAACCACAAAAUAAGCAGAGAACUUUUUGUACUCACAUAUGGGGCUUUGGUAGCCCAGCUGUGCAAGGACUUUGAAAAAGAUGAAGAUGUCAACAUCUGUUUAGAUAGAAUGGGAUACAGCAUUGGUGUGAGGCUGAUUGAUGACUUUUUAGCUCAUUCAGCUGUGAAAAAGUGCCGCAGUUAUUCUGAGACUGCAGACAUGAUUGCACAGGUUGCUUUCAAGAUGUACCUUGGGGUCACCCCUAGUGUGAGUUGCAGUAGUCCUGCAGGAAAUGAAUUCUCCUUAAUCCUUGACAAAAACCCACUAGUGGAUUUUGUGGAGGAGCUGCCAGCAGAACGAGCAUCCCUUUGCUACAGUAACCUCCUCUGUGGGGUGAUUCGAGGUGCCUUGGAAAUGGUUCACUUAGCAGCAGAAGUUAACUUCCUCCAGGACAGGCUGAAGGGUGAUGCUGUGACAGAAAUAAGAAUUACGUUUUUAAGGAAGCCUGAAGACAGAAAGCACAAAAGGAAUAAAUGA